UCUUGGGUGGCAAGAUUGGCCUCAACCGUAUGCAGCGGCGCACGGCCAACCUGGCCCUCAACACCAUCAUCCCGGUGUACCCUUUCCCGGAGAAAGUCGGGAACAUCACCAUGGUGGCGAUAAACCUUAUGGCGGACCUGAUGGUGAAGGGCAAGGGAAAGCCGAAGCAGGUGGACGCCUCGAAGCUUUCGGACGCCUUCAAGGUCAACUUCAGCCAUCAGGUAUUCACCCCCAACCAAGUCCUGGCGAUGACGUUCGAAGGCUCCAAGCUCGAGAUCGUGGUGCAGAGCGUGGAGGUGGCCACGAUCGACGGCCGCGAGGGGCAAGGGUUCACCAGCACGCACCGGAACACGCACGGCAUGCUUAACAACCAGACCGACAUCGAGUGGACCAAGCCCCCCGGGUCCAUGGUGAACCUGGAGGGGCAGACGGGACCGGGGGGGCAGAACAUCAUAUUCCGGGCGGACUUCGACUUCGCCAAGCUCGGCAUCGGGGGUCUCGGGAAGGAGUUCAGCCAGAUAUUCAGGCGGGCAUUCGCGAGCCGGAUCUUCAACUCUGCGGUGGUGAGGGAGAUGGGCAUCAGCCACGUGCGGGGCAUGCUGCUCUACGGCCCCCCCGGGUGCGGUAAGACCCUGAUCGCUAGGCAGAUCGGGAAGGUGCUGAACGCCCGCGAGCCCAAGAUCGUUAACGGUCCCGAGGUGCUGGACAAGUUCGUCGGCGGUUCGGAGGAGAAGAUCAGGGCCCUCGGACCCCCUUCCCCGGCGGGGACACGGAGGAGUUCCAAGGACAGGGCGGACCAGGGCGAGGCCAGCAUGCUCCACAUCGUCAUCUUCGACGAGAUCGACGCCAUCUGCAAGACCAGAGGGACCGUCAGGGACGGCACCGGCGUGUCGGACUCGGUGGUGAACCAGCUCCUCUCCAAGAUCGACGGCGUAGACUCCCUCAACAACGUUCUCAUCAUCGGGAUGACCAACCGCAAGGACAUGAUCGACGAUGCGCUGCUGCGGCCCGGGCGUCUGGAGGUGCACGUGGAGAUUGGCCUCCCGGACGAGGCGGGGCGGCUCCAGAUCUUGCAGAUCCACACUCGCGGGAUGAAAGAGAAGGGCCGCUUGGACAAGGAGACAGCGGAUAACAUGGAGGAGCUCUCCAGGUUGACGAAGAACUUCUCGGGGGCGGAGAUCGAGGGUCUGGUGAAGAGUGCCGCGUCGUACGCCUUCGAGCGGGAGGUCGACGUCAAGAACCUUGACCAGGCGCCCGACCCCAACAACCUCAUCGUGCGGUGGAAGGACUUUCAAAGCGCGCUCUGCGAGGUUCACCCCAAGUUCGGUGCUGACAGCCAGGAGCUGGAGACGCUGUACGCUAACGGCAUCGUGCCCUACAGCCAGGAGUUCGACAAGGUUCAAGUCACGCUAGGGAGGCUCAUCGAGCAGACAAGACUCAGCGAGAGAACUCCCAUAAUGUCGGUGAGGCUGGCGGAAAGGGAGAGGCGUUCAGCGGUGUCGAAGGCCGGGUACAUCUCCAGGGUGUUCCUCGACAGUUACAAGUCUCCUCUGUCGAUCAUUCUCAUCGACGACUUGGAGAGAGUGAUCGACUUCGUUCGCACGGGCCCACGGUUCUCCAACACGGUCCUGCAGACCCUGCUGGUUUUGCUGAAGAAGGCGUUCAUGGUGUCGUUGAAAGUGCCGCAGCUGCAGGGAGGGGGCAGCGUCAAGACCGUCCUGAGAAAACUUGUGCCCAUGUCCCAGGCGGACAUGGACAACAUCGCGGCGGUGAUCACGAACCCUAUCGGCAUCAAGCAGCUGCUGAUGGUGACGGAGAUGGCGAGGACCGACGAGGAGACCGUGUCGUGCGAGCGAUUCCUGGAGUGCCUGCAUACGAGUGGGUACUCGGUGGACUCGUACGCCGCCGCGCCACAGAGCUGAGGAGAGCACCUGUUUGUCCUGUUUGCUC